AUGGAUUCUCAUGCAUACAACAAUGAAAGAACAAUUAAAAAAUGGGGCUUGAUAACUGUUAGGCCGCCUGCUCAUUAAAUGAAUGACAGAUCGAUUGUAUCUAAUGUUCCAGACAUGGCUGUGCCUGACAACAAAAUAACAACAUCGAAAUAUUCAUCGAUUAUUACAUUCAUUCCAUUGAAUUUGAUAGAGCAGUUCUCAAAGUUAGCUAAUGUCUACUUUUUGGUCAUUGCGAUUAUGCAGAUGAUCUCAGCAAUCAGCAUAACAAAUGGUUAACCUGUGAUUAUGGGUCCAUUAUCAAUAGUUGUGUGCAUAUCGAUGAUAAAGGAUUUUAUUGAAGAUUACCAGAGAAGCAAAUCAGACAAUGCUGAAAACACUCGCAAGACUUAUUUGAUACGCACAAAUGAAGCACCAAGAGAUGCUCAAUGGAGUGAAUUAAGGAUCGGAGAUUUGAUCAAGGUUUAGAAGGAUGAACAAAUACCAGCUGAUAUCUUAUUGAUGUAGACAUCAGAUAAGAAGGGCAAUGCGUUUAUUGAGACUAAAAAUUUAGAUGGAGAAACCAAUCUAAAAUGCAAAAAUAUUCAAAAAAAUCUAAAGUAACUGUAAGAACAAAGUGAAGAUUCUCUAUUGGCUUUGAGGAUGACAGUUAAAUAUGAAAGACCAAAUCCAUAUCUAUAUCAAUUUACUGGAUCUGCUGAAAUUAAUAAUCAACAAAUCCCUCUUAGUGAAAAGAAUUUCAUAUUAAGAGGUUGUAUUUUAAGAAAUGUCAAUUAUAUUUACGGAAUUGUUUGUUAUAACGGACAUGACUCAAAGAUCAUGCUUAAUUCAGUUAAAGCUUAGCCUAAACGAAGUCAUUUAGAAAGAACAAUGAAUUGGUUCAUUAUUGUGAUAUUUCUAUUAUAAAUGAUCAUGUGUGGUUUGGGAGGCUAUUUGAAUUCAUCCUGGCAACAGAUUCAUAAUUCCCAAUUAUCCUAUUUAGAUAUUUUAAUUACAGAUCCAGAACAUAAUUUUACUAAAAAUCUAUUUAUAAAAUGGGGUAAUUGGAUUCUUAUAUUCACCAAUUUUGUCCCAAUCUCAUUGCUGGUCUCCUUAGAAAUGGUUAAGUAUUUCUAAGGAAUGUUGAUAACCAUGGAUUAAGGGACCUAUUCAGCUGAAUACGAUAUAAAAACAGCAGUCUAGUCUUCAAAUCUGAAUGAGGAACUUGGUUAAGUGGAUUACAUAUUUUCUGAUAAAACAGGGACAUUGACAAAGAACCAAAUGGAUUUCAAAUGUCUGACAGUCAAUAAAAAGUCAUAUGGAAAAGAAGCCACAUUAACAAAUGAAGAAGUGUCAAAAUUAGCUUAAGUUUCAAAUGUUGAUUUCAGAGAUAAAGCUUUCUUUAAUGAUUUGAAUUAAACUCCAGGAAAGGGACCACUCCAUGAGUUCUUACUUUGUUUAUCAUUAUGUCAUACUAUAGUGACUGAAAAUAAGAAUGGCUAACUCUUAUAUCAAGCAUCAUCUCCUGAUGAAUUAGCCUUAGUUAAUUUUGCAAGAUAUUGCGGAUAUACUUUCGAAGGAUUGGAUGCAUUCAAACAGUAUGGUGGUCAAUAUAAAAGGCGACAUAAAGAAUUACCAAUUGUUGCAUUGUCUGUAAUCGUUUAAGAUCAAGCCAAUCAAAUUAUAUUGUUAACAAAGGGAGCUGACUCUGUCAUUGAACCUCUUAUGAAACCUGUCGUUCCUUAGUUGAAAGAGAAGACUUGGAACGAUCUACAGGAGUUUGCAUCGAUUGGCUUAAGAACUCUGCUACUAACUAAGAGAGUAUUGCCCUUAUCCAUUUAUAAAGAGUGGGAAAAAGGCUAUUUACAAGCAUGUUCAGCCAUACAAAAUAGAGAAAAUCUGAUGAUGGAGUCCUAAGCAAAAAUUGAAUAAGAAUUAGAACUUAUAGGGGGAACAGCCAUUGAAGAUAAAUUACAAGAAGAAGUAGGCCCAACUAUUUAAUACUUAAAAGAUGCUGGCAUUAAAGUGUGGGUAUUGACCGGAGAUAAAAUAGAAACUGCUAUCAAUAUUGGUUAUUCCUGUUAAUUAUUGAAUGAUUCUUUAUAAUAAAUCAUAGUUGAUGGAAAUGAUGAAUAAGUUAUUAGAAAUGAAUUAGAAAAGGCUAUCCAAAAAAGCCAAAACAAUAAUAAAAAUGCAUUGGUGAUCUCUGGCAACGCUUUGAUAAUAGCUAUGAAACCAGAACUUUCAUUAAAAGUAAUGUAAAUUGCUGAAAGAUGUGAGGCUGUAGUAGCAUGUAGGGUUUCACCAAAAUAAAAAUAAGAGAUUGUUUCCUUAGUUAGAUAAAAUAAACCUAAUGUUACAACUCUAGCCAUUGGAGAUGGUGCUAAUGAUGUCAACAUGAUUACAGCUGCUCAUAUUGGAGUUGGAAUUAAAGGAGUAGAAGGCUAGCAAGCAGCUAGAGCUUCUGAUUAUGCUGUUGGGGAAUUCAGAAUACUUAAAAGAUUAACCCUUUAUCAUGGAAGAGAGAGUUAUAGGAAAAACUCAACUCUUGUAAAUUACAAUUUUUAUAAAAAUAUGCUUCUAGUCCUACCUCAAUAUUGGUGGGCUGUAAAUAAUGGCUUUUCGGCUGUUAUGUUUUAUGACUAGUUACUCUAUUAAAGUUACAACCUAUUUUUCACUAGUCUUCCUAUAGUAUUAUAUGCCAUCUUCGAUGAAGAGUUCUCUGGUGAUGUUCUCACUUCAAACCCUAGUUUUUACGAUAUUGGUAUCAAACACAAAUUAUUCAACGUCAAAAUAUUCUUGUUUUGGGUCAUUAAUGGCACUAUCUAAGCUGGCAUCUUAUCGUACCUAACCUUCCAGACUUACGAAGCCUCAUCUAUUUAUAAUGGCAUGAUGGCUGGCUUAUGGACUACUGGCGCCAUUGUUUUAGGGUAUUCAGUUUUGAAUAGCAAUAUCAAAAUUAUCCUAUUUAGUAAUACUUAUUCUUUUGGAGUUAUUGUUGGGCUUUUCGGAUCGGUUUUCAUCUAUCUCCUCUUAUUUAUCGUAGUUUCAGAGAAAAUGCCAAAAUCUGACAUGUCAAAUAGCCAAAGCGCUAGCUUUUCUCAUCUGAGAUUCUACUUGACAUCACUGUUAGUUGUUGGAGCAACUUCAGUUUUUGAUUUGGCUCUGACGAAAUUAGCUUAGUGGUCUUAGUAUGCUCAGGUUGGAAUUUAACAUGAUAAAGUUUAUAUGCUAAUUUAAAAAUAGCACAUUGAAUUGCAAGAUGAACAACAAUUGCAUUAACAUUCCCCUAAUACGCAAUUUUAGAUCAAUAACUCCUAGGUUCCCAAAAGUCCUAUUAAAAGAGGCUACACAGGAUUUGCUUUUUCUUAGGAAGAACAUUGA